GAGUCUCAUUGAAGUUGUCUGUUUCUGGAUCUCAAAGAAUAAGACCGGUCCAGCACUACUUUACCAUCUCUCUUUCCUGUGAGGUUUGGAGGUAAUCCAAUCUAAACAUGGCAGAUGAAGAAAAUGAGGAGGAAGUCGAGGUUGAAGUCCCAGCAGAGGAAGCUAUAACAGAACCUGCCACAGAAUCUGUAGAAGAUCCUGCCCCUGCAGUUGUAGAGCCCACACCAGAGGUAGAACCAGAACCAGAGCCAGAACCAGAACCAGAACCAGAAGUAGAAGAGUCCACUACAGUAGAAGAGCCCCCACCUGUUGUAGAAGAAACACCAACAGAAGAAGCCGGUGGAGAGACUCAAGAUUCCAAAGCCAAACCAAAGAGUUUUAUGCCAAAUGUUGCUCCUCCAAAGCUACCAGAGGGAGAUGGUAAAGUCGAUUUUGACGACCUGCACAGGAAGCGUCAGGAGAAGGACAUGGCUGAGCUGACCUCUCUGAUUGAGUCUCACUUCGUCCAGAGGAAGAAAGAUGAAGAUGAGCUCAUCAGUCUCGUCAACAGGAUCGAGAAGCGUCGUACCGAGAGGGCAGAGCAGCAGAGGAUUCGUGCUGAACAGGAGAAAGAGAGGCAGGCCCGUCUAGCCGAAGAGAAAGAGCGGAGGGAGCAAGAUGAACAGCGUAGGAAGCACGAUGACGACGCUAAGAAGAAGAAGGCCCUCACUAACAUGACUCACACGUACGGUGGCAUCCAACAGAAGCAAGAGGGCAAGAAGGGAGCCAAGAAGCAGACUGAGAGGGAAAAGAAGAAGAAGAUUCUGGCUGACAGAAGGAAGGCUCUGAUCAUCGACCAUCUCAACGAGGACAAACUCAAGGAGAAGGCCAAUGAGCUUUGGCAGUGGAUGAUGGAGUUGGAGGCGGAGAAGUUCGACCUCAGUGAGAAACUGAAGAAACAGAAAUAUGACUGCCAAAGGCAGAGGCAAGGCCAAGGCGGUCAGGAGGUAAUGAGAACUGGCAGGAUGAAGUCUCCAGGACUGAGAAUCCAGACGAUGAUGGAGGAUUGUUUUGUUGUUGUUCUUGUUAUCAGUGUACAUGCAAAUUACUAUGGAAAUGUGCUGCUGUCACGGUCACUGUUUGCUGUUCAUGAAGCUAGAAACAAUAAAGAGAUGUUUGCUUUUGAUUCAGUGUCUGAUUUUAUUUUAAUGAAAAAUAAUGAAAAGUCUGAAGCUGAAAAAAUGUACAAGAUUGGUGCUACCCAUACGAAAAUGCACGGACGACUGCUGUAAAUCGCUUUGAAUAAA